AUGGGUGAUCAAGCGGCACAGCAAGCACAGAUGCUCGCCUUGUUAGCCGCACAAGCUGCCGCAGCACAAAAUCCUUUUAAUUCACCUAUGAAUAUGUUGUUUCCACAGUUCGGAUGGACCAUGCCUGGAGCGAAUGACUUCAUGUUGUGGAAUAGUUUGGCGCAGCUCACGCAGCAAUCUGAUAAUCUAAUGCACAACGCCGUACAACCACAGGAAUCUUUCGAAGAUGUGCUCAAGAAAAUGACAAAUACAACACCAUCCUCAUCGGCAUCGUCCACUUCUAAUAAUAAAUACUCCCAUACAAACGGUUACAUUGCAACUGAAAAUAAGAAGCAGCGAUUGAUCGCUCCCGCAGAAGAGGUGAUAAGAACGAGGCCAACUGCGUUCACCGCCUCCAACGGUAUACCUCGUCCAUCUACAUCAACGUCAACUGCUUCAGCGGUACCAACACCGACACGCACUUCAACAAAACUUCUCGAGCCGGGCGAGAUUCCCAAAAAGAAGGAAGCGCCGAAAGUGAAGAACGGUUCGAUACCGUCAACACUCGGUGUGCAAAUGAACGCUGAUCUAAUCGAGGCGUCAGCGCGAUGCUGGGCCUUGCUGGCCGCGCAGAUGGCAGGCAAUAGUGCAUCGACGUCACAUCAGAAUGACGUUAUCCUGGCUGCACUUCAGAAUGCAGUCAACACCGAGAANAUAAAUGCAGUCAACACCGAGAAGGCAAAAUUGAAAACACCAACGUCAAAAAAGAACACUUCAUCCGGUAGCAAUAAUCAAAGUGUGCACCGUAAGAGUGACACUCGUCAGUGCUGUCCUCCACUCGAACCGCAUUCAACUGCGUCAUCGUCGUUCCAUCACCCUUCAAUCACAACCACACCAACGUCACGUAUCUCGUUCGACGCCCCCCUCGACCUAUCAAGCCACAAACACCGAAUCGAUGAUCCAACUGUGUCCUUAUCUUCUUCCCUUCUCCCACCAACACCCCUCACCAAUUCCACUCCCGUCCCAUUAAAUCAUGACGAUCGUGCUGGUUCAUGUGGUCGUACAAGUUCGGAGUGUGCUGCAGAUUCUGAAGCAGCUAAACGACGUUCUCAAGUUGAUGCUACACUCAUACGUAAACCUCUUACCAUCGGGUCAGUCUUUUUCAACCCUCUGAAUUGUCACAACUGUGCAAAUGUGCAAAUAGCUCUUGUGAACAUACAAUUAACACUUUGUCGAUACCAGAAAUGGAGACGGCAGACGUGCAUUCGGUCAAUAAGUGCGACCGGUGUGCGUGGCGAUGUUAUUUAUUAUGCACCAUGUGGGAAGCGACUCGGAUCUUACGCCGAAGUGAUUCGGUAUUUGAACAAGAGGAAUAUAACGUCAAUAUGUCGUGAUCACUUCAGUUUUAGUUGUAAAAUUAUUGUUGGUGAAUUCAUCAUCAUCAGGCAAUCAGCCGAUGGGUCUGACAAGGCAAUAACAAAGAUCUCAGAAGAUGAAGUAUUGACUGAAAUCGCUCGUCUUUCUGGAGUGAGUGGAUCUCGUAAAGCGUCGAAUGCUAGUGGUGAACAUCCAUCGAAAACAAAUGCAACUCGCAUAUCGUCCUCAUCCUCCUCGUCAAUAUCAGAGAAGAACGCUGAAAAAAGUGCUGAUGAUAAAGCAUUGCAGCAACUUCAACGUCAAAUAAUGCAACAACAACGACACGACGAGAAACAGCUCUAUGCACAACUUUUGCUUGGUCUUGGUCAACAAAUCAACACAGCAAACGUUAAAAGAGAAUCCUCUCCAUCACCGUCGUCAUCUCUGUCAACUCCAACGGUUGCAGAAAGAAAGAAAAUAAAGGUGAACAACCUUAAUUGUAAAUUUGAGCAUGCGAAGAGAGAUGACUUGUUGUCAUUCAUAUUCAUCUUUACAGAGAAGCGUACAAUACCAACGUUAAGUGAGUUCGUUGCGGGUCUUCAGAACGAUGCGGAACACGUGAGAAGUUUUCUGAAUUUAACGAAAGUUCUGUUGCAAUUGGUGUUGGAAUAUCCAGGAUUGCCAUCCGGUAUCGCCGGUCGAACACCGCUCGGUCAAGCACUCAAAGAUGUGGGCAUUCAUCGAGAGAAUUACUCGGAGUUGAUGCGCAUGUUUUUGCAGUCGCGAGAUGAACAGGGAAAACAGUUAGGUGCUCGUCUUGAGAAGUGUUCGUUCGAGAAUCUCGACCCGGAAUCGAAGGCUGCAAUUUUGGCGUUUCUCUGUAAUGAAUUGCUCUAUUGCCGUAAUAUCGUACGUGAAAUCGAAGGCAACAUGGAAGAAAUGACGCGUCUCAAAGGUGAAAAAUGGCUCCGUGAAGGGAAAAGUCGUGCUCUGAGAGCCGUGCAGGCCAGAAAACGUGCAUAUAACACCAAGAAACAAUUGAAAUUGGAAUGUGAAGAGACAGAUUCGAGUCGUGCUGAAACACCCGGAUCGAUGCGUUCUGAAGGUGAAGGAUCAGAGGAACGCGAACCGUCACCUGCACCAGUUGUUCAUCGUUUGAAAGCACUCACUCCUGGAUUAGGGCAGUGUGAUAUCCUUACGCCACAGGAAGAAGGGAUGAAUGUCGAAGAAUUAGAUGUGUAUAUAGAAAAGUUGAAUAUGGAGGCUGAAGAACUUCGCAAAAAGCACAAUUUAUUAGGAGAUCGUGUUCGCAUACAACCAUUAGGACAGGACCGUUAUCAUCGUUUCUAUUGGAUGAUUCCUCGACUUGGCAAUACUCUCGUCGAAAGUGUCGCCUCCGCGGCACCGCACAAUCCAUCCGUGAACCUCGAUGUGACGUGUCAUCGCGAUCCACCUUCUAUCAAAGAGGAUUCAUACCAUUUUGUUGAUCCCGAUGUGAUCGCAUGCGUUGAAGAUGUAUUGGACUGUCUUUGCGGUGAACAAGAAAGACCCGAAAAAGGCAAAAAAGUGCGUCUUCGUCGUAUGGAUAAUCGAUGUAAACGUGGAUGGUGGAUCAUCAAAACCGAUAAACAAAUGGAACAGUUACGUGGCGCAUUGCACGGGAGAGGCAUACGUGAAAGACUUCUGCAUAGAGUCCUGACCAAAGAUACUUACGAGUUCCCUCAGAAUCCACCGUGUAAUGUCGUUAUCACCGACGAAAUGUGUCCUGACAAAACACCAACUUUAUACAGCCACUAUCAGGAGGUUAUCAGUGCUUAUCACAUCAUUCGAACAAAAAGUUGUUGCUGCCAACGUCCAUUGCCAUGUAAGUUUAUUUAUGAAUUUACGCAAUCAUGUAAAUUAAUUUGUUAUUUGAAGGCAAUUCCUGGUUCGGCAACAAACCAAGACGAUGAUACAGAAAGUGAGGAUAGUCAAGAGGCGUGGAAUCAGGAAGACGAUUACGAAUCAAUUGAGACGAAACCUGAAGAUCAAAGAUCUCUUAGUGAAUACGAAGAAUUCAACGCGCUGAAACAACGUUUGCUGGAGAUUGAGAGGAAUAUCGAACGACGCUAUUUUCUGCAUCGGUACCAUGCUGGUUCAUGGAUACCUGUUGAACGUGUAUUGGGUUUACAAAACGUGGAAGGCGGAACGAUUGAUUCAGAAAGUACGACUUGUGAGUCGGAAUCGAGAAACGACUCUCGUGAAACAAGUACCGCGGGUGAUCAACUGGAUAAUGCGGGCAACAUCGUUGUCGAUGAGAGUGGUGAUACUGAGCUGAUGUUGAGAUGGCGAAAAUAUGUCGAAGAGUCAACCACCGGCGGUCAAUUGAUGUUCGGACUCCAGGCACUCGAUUCGGCAAUAGCUUGGGAGAAGUCGAUAAUGAAGGCGAGUUGUCAGAUAUGCAGAACGAGUGAAAACGAGAGCCAAUUGUUGCUGUGUGAUGCGUGCGAUAUGGGAUACCAUAUGUAUUGCUUUCGGCCUCGUAUCGAGUCAGUGCCCGAAGGGGAAUGGUACUGUCCGUUGUGUGUGCAACGAGCAUGUCGUAAGAAUGUAUGUCUGCUGUGUGCACGCCAUUCACCUCCACAACCAAUGGCAAUCUGCUCGAAGUGUUACAACGGUUAUCAUAUCGCUUGCUUUGAUCGUUCUCCUGCUGUCACCGACCCCAAACAGUGGACAUGCCCGGGUUGCUUGAAUGCUGAUGGUUCGUCGGUAGAGCUGUCGAACAGUUUGUUGAACGGUAGCGGUGUGGAGCGUAGUCGUGUUGUUGAUGAUCGGGAAAAUCAUGCCGAGAAAGAGAAUGGAAACCUUCACAAUGGCUCACUGCAAGUCAACAACUCUUCUUUAUGCGGCGGUGCAGCUAAAAGUGAAUCACCGAAGAAACAUCAUCACCAUCAUUCUCACAGUGCUCCUAAACGAAAAUCAACACCACCCGAUUAUGACUUCCCACACGAUAUGAUGAUUGCUCUUUUUAAUGCAAUGGUCGAUGAAAUGUGGAAUCAACCUGAAGCGUUACCAUUCCACUAUCCAGUUGAUCUAAAACUCGUGCCGUUAUACAAGAAGAUCAUCAAACGACCCAUCGAUUUAACACUGAUACGCACGAAUAUACAAAAUAAUAAGUACACAUCUCAAGAUGCUUUCCUAGAGGAUCUUGAUUUAAUGUUCGAAAAUUGUCGAACUUUCAACGAGGAUGAAUCCGAGAUCGGUAAGGCGGGUAUAUCAUUGCAUAAGUUCUACACAAAACGUUGGAAACAAUUGAGGUACAACUUCUCGAAGCGACUCAAACGUCUCAAACACCCUCGACUCACCGCACCCACUCCAGUUGCGACCGACUGA